GCGGUAGUUUUAGAGGGACGCCAUCUUGGAUCUUUGCUUUGCGUGUUGUGGUCUUUUUGAAGACAUGGCUUGUGGUGUAAAAGACGUAAAAUUCGAGGACUUAGAUGUCGAAGAACUAGAAAUCACAUCGGCUGUUUUGAUGGGAGGUGCACACCACCUAGGCCAGUACUGCGACAAGGAUUUCAAGACCUUCAUGGGCUGCCGAUAUGAGUACAAAGAUCCGAGAAAGUGCUUAGGUGAAGGAAAGCAAGUCACAAAGUGUGCUCUAGAGUUCUUCAAGAAGCUUAAAGAGGAGUGCAACGAUGUUUUCACCAAGCACUGGACUUGUCUUGAUUAUAACAACCAGGAAUUUGCCUAUUGCAGGGCAACUCAGAAGAAAUAUGAUGCCUGUGUUUUGGAAAAGCUCGGAUUGGAAUGUACACAACCUGUACAUAUUGAACUUCAUGAUUGAUUGGACUUUGUAAUGUACAUGUAUAAACACUGAACAUUGAUCAAGAGAACUUCUUUAUUAAGCGUAAGGUGAUAGACUUCUGGUGAUAAUUUUCUUGAGUUGUGACUUCUACUGGACAGUAAAGUGUAUUUCUCUUAAUUAUUUACAAGGGAUUUUUGCUAUCGUACAUAUUUUAAAUACAGAAUUGAUGUUACCACGAUUGGCAUCCCAUCAUUUUAGGUAAACAAUAAAGUUUUUGAUGGUAUAUUUGCCAGAAGGUUAA